ACCCAGAUGAUGAGCCCAGAAGGCCAGAACCCAUGGUCCACCCUCCCUCUCCCUGAGGAGCCCCUCCACGACUUUUAUAAAUAGCAGCCCUUCCCACACCCCCUCCUCUCAUCAGCUCAUCACAGCUCUUGAUCUCUAGCUAGCUAGAGAGAUAAGCUUCCUCUCUUCCUCUCGGUCGAGGGAGUGAUCCUCUCUCACUCUCACCAGGAGCUCAGCUCGGGUAGCUCAAGGAGGCCAGAAGAAGAAAUGGCGUCGCUGUCGAUGACCAGCAGCUCGGUGCGGGCGCAGUGGACGAAGAAGCAGAACAAGCUCUUCGAGCAGGCGUUGGCCGUGUACGACAAGGACACCCCCGACCGGUGGCACAACAUCGCCCGCGCCGUCGGCGGCAAGUCCGCCGAGGAGGUCAGGCGCUACUACGAGAUGCUGGAGGAGGAUGUCAAGCACAUCGAGUCCGGCAAGGUGCCCCUCCCCGCCUACCGCUGCCCCGGCGGCGCCGGCGCCGGCGCCCUCGGCUACGAGGCCGACAGGAUGAAGCAUCUGAAGAUCUAGGCGAACUUCAGAGGAUGGUCGAGAAGAGGCUGCGCAGGCACACGUGUAUAUAUGAUUGGGAUAGCAUGCAUGUCCAUGCUACUCCUACGCAAGUGGUCUGGAAGAAGCAAGAAGAAUCAGAUGAGAUGCAUGCAUGUCAUAAUUAAUUAAUUAAUUAAUUAAUAAUUAGUAUGGGAUGAUCGAGUAGUAUCCUAGCCUGUCACGCGAGAUCGACCGACCCAUCGAUCUCCCAGCAUGUGUCCUUCGUACCCACGCGCGUAUGUGUAUUAUAUCCUAGCUGCAUCUGUGUACCAUACCAAUCAAGAAACAUGAACUUGAUAUUGAUGCAUUUCUACAAGCU